UCUCCACAGCUUGCGCCUUCCCUCCCAUUGCAAGAAGACUUUGUUUACCACUGGAAAGCAAUCACCCACUACUACAUAGAGACAUCAGAUGACAAAGCUCCUGUGACUGACACCAACAUUCCUUCUCAUCUGGAACAGAUGUUGGAUAUUCUAGUUCAAGAAGAAAAUGAGAGGGAAUCGGGUGAAACAGGGCCGUGUAUGGAAUAUUUGCUGCAUCACAAGAUUUUGGAGACGCUCUACACCCUAGGGAAAGCUGAUUGUCCUCCAGGAAUGAAACAGCAAGUUUUGGCUUUUUAUACAAAACUUCUAGGAAGAAUACGACAACCUCUGCUUCCCCAUAUAAACGUGCAUAGGCCUGUGCAGAAAUUAAUCAGGCUAUGUGGUGAAGUUCUGGCAACACCCACAGAAAAUGAAGAAAUUCAGUUUCUCUGUAUAGUAUGUGCAAAAUUGAAACAGGAUCCGUACUUGGUCAACUUCUUCCUUGAGAAUAAGUUGAAAGCGUCAGCGAUCGCGGAGGACCUGCUGCCUGGGCAGGAUGACACGGGGCAGCCCCUUCCCCCCGAAGAACCGCCCGGAGCUGCUGGAGCAGAGCAGGCGGAGAAGGAGGAUGACCCCCCGCAGCAGGCAGCCGAGCUGGCCUUCAGUCUGGAUGAGCCAAAUGUCACCUCACCAACCGAGUCCUCAAGCCCCCGUCCAAAUCAAGACUAUAAUUUAGUGAAUUCUCUGCUAAAUCUCACUAAAAGUCCAGAUGGCCGGAUCGCAGUGAAGGCCUGCGAAGGCCUCAUGCUCCUGGUGAGUUUGCCGGAGCCAGCAGCAGCCAAGUGCCUGACUCAAAGCACCAGUUUGUGUGAGCUGCUGACAGACAGGCUGGCCACCCUCUACAGAGCCCUGCCGCAGUCACUGGAUCCGUUGGACAUUGAAACAGUGGAGGCAAUUAACUGGGGUUUGGAUUCCUAUAGUCACAAAGAAGAUGCAUCUGCUUUUCCAGGGAAAAGAGCCCUGAUAUCAUUUCUUUCAUGGUUUGACUACUGUGAUCAACUUAUCAAAGAAGCACAAAAGACUGCUGCUGUUGCUAUGGCAAAAGCUGUGCGGGAUCGAUUUUUUGUUGAUGUUAUGGAACCGCAGCUGAUGCAAACCUCAGAGAUGGGAAUCCUCACAUCCACUGCACUAUUGCAUCGCAUUGUUCGUCAAGUGACUUCAGAUGUCCUGCUGCAGGAAAUGGUUUAUUUUAUACUUGGAGAGCACAGAGAGCCAGAAACUUUGACAGACAUCAACAGACAUCCGUUGCGACACAGGUUAAUUGAGCACUGUGAUCAUAUUUCUGAUGAGAUCAGUAUAAUGACUUUGCGAAUGUUUGAGCACCUUUUGCAAAAACCCCAUGAGCACAUUCUUUAUAACUUGGUUCUGAGAAAUUUAGAAGAAAGAAACUAUAUGGAAUACAAGCCUCCCUGUCAAGAAGAUAAAGAUGUUAUAGAAAAUGGACAGAUUGCAGGAGCAGUAGACCUAGAGGAAGAUCCAUUAUUUACUGAUCUGUCUCCAGACAACAUGUUGUCAGCUCAGGAGUGGCUCAGUGCUUCUCCGCCUGUCAGUCCAGAACAUCCAAAGAAUGAUGGGAAAACUGAAGUACAUAAAAUUGUAAAUAGUUUUCUCUGUCUUGUACCUGAUGAAGCUAAGUCAUCGUACCACGUGGAGGGUACGGGUUAUGAUACUUACCUCAGAGAUGCCCACAGACAAUUCCGGGAUUAUUGUGCCAUUUGUUUACGAUGGGAGUGGCCUGGAUCUCCAAGAUCUUUGGAAAAGUGCAAUUUAGAAGCAUCAUUUUUUGAAGGGCACUUCUUGAAAGUCCUUUUUGAAAGAAUGGGCAGGAUUCUUGAUCAGCCCUAUGAUGUGAAUUUACAAGUUACAUCAGUGUUGUCCAAACUCUCCUUGUUCCCUCAUCCUCAUAUACACGAAUACCUUCUGGACCCUUAUAUAAACCUCGCCUCUGGCUGUAGGUCUCUCUUCUCUGUUAUUGUCAGGGUUGUUGGGGACCUCAUGGUCAGAAUCCAGCGCAUCCCAGACUUCACUCCCAAGCUUCUGCUGGUCAGAAAACGCCUGCUGGGCUUGGAGCCUGAAGGGCCCAUCAUUGACCACAUGACGUUGCUAGAGGGCGUGAUUGUGCUGGAGGAGUUCUGCAAGGAGCUGGCGGCCAUCGCCUUCGUGAAGUACCAUGCCUCAUCCACCCCCUAG